GAAAUAAACGUCGCUAUGCCUGGCAAAAAGGAUCUUCUAUUGUUAUACGAUCGCCCUACAGAACCUAUUGUCGGCCUCAAGGGUCCUCAGAAUGCACAAUUCAAUGUACCUACUGAAUAUUUGAAAGACGAAUAUCAAUCAAUCGGUAGCCAAAUUGUGAACAGAUUUGGAGAAGAUGCUGGGGAAAAGAUAAAUGUCAACCAGAUAUCCCUACCGUCCUUGGGAGAAAUAGUAAAUCUACCCCGUGACGAGAAUUUCACUCUUUUCAUUCCAUAUCACAGAAGGCUUGCUGGAAGAUUGAUCGACAUAUUUUUAGGCAUGAGAGACACCGACGACCUCCUGUCCAUGGCCAUAUACGCUCGCGAGCGCGUCAACCCCAUCCUUUUCAACUACGCCUUCUCCGUCGCUCUGCUGCACAGGAAGGACACGCAGGACCUCGAUGUGCCCUCCGUCGUCCACUCCUUCCCUCACAAGUACUUCGACAGCAAGCUUUUCUCCAAGGCCAGGGAGGUGGCCCACAUCGUGCCGGAACGAUCCAGGACUCCCAUCGAAAUGCCCAAGGACUAUACAGCUUCAGACUUAGAAGAAGAACAUCGCGUAGCUUACUUUAGGGAAGAUGUUGGUGUCAACCUUCAUCAUUGGCACUGGCAUUUGGUGUACCCGUUCGAAGCUGCAUUGGAAGUAGUCAACAAAAAUCGAAGGGGAGAAUUAUUCUACUAUAUGCAUCAGCAAAUCAUGGCAAGAUACAAUGCUGAACGUCUUUGUAAUCGAAUGAAACGAGUGGAGAGAUUCACAAACUUCGAAGAACCUAUACAGGAAGCCUAUUUUCCGAAACUGGACAGCAUCGUUGCCAGCCGAACUUGGCCUGCUAGGGUGGCCAAUAUGCGCCUCAGAAAUCUCAGGAGAGAAGCUGAUCAGAUCACUCUGGAUGUUGACGAGAUGAGGAGAUGGAGGGACAGGAUUUUCGAAGCGAUUCAUUCUGGUGUUAUCAGAAAUGAAAACAACCAAAAUAUCCCAUUGACCGAAUUCGAAGGAAUAGACGUUCUAGGAAAUAUCAUAGAAGCCAGUAUUCUAUCGCCAAAUCAAGCUUACUAUGGAGAUUACCACAAUAUGGGCCAUACCAUAGCAUCUUACAUCCAUGACCCUGACAACAGACAUUUGGAAUCAUUUGGUGUGAUUGGAGAUUCAGCUACGGCAAUGAGAGAUCCAUUCUUCUACAGAUGGCAUGCGCAUAUCGAUGAUAUCUUCCAGAAUUUCAAAUCGACUCUACCCAGAUACACUGUUGCACAGUUGAAUUACCCCGGAGUGACAGUCCAAGAUAUCCAAAUUCAGACACUGGGCGGACCCACCAAUGUCUUCGAGACUUUCUGGCAACAGUCGGACGUGGACCUUUCCAGGGGCAUGGAUUUCCAGCCGAGGGGAACCAUCAAUGUCAGGAUCACGCAUCUUCAGCACAGGAACUUCAACUACAAGAUAAUUGUGAACAAUCAGUCGAACGCUGCGAGAGAGGGAACAUGCAGGAUAUUCAUGUCACCCAAGUACGACGAAAGGGGUAAUCCGUGGCUUUUCAGGGACCAGAAGGGCAUGUUUAUUGAACUGGAUAAGUUCAAGGUCAACUUGACACCCGGCUCGAACACCAUCAACCGCGCCUCCACCGAGUCCUCUGUCACCAUUCCCUUUGAGUCGACGUUCCGCAACCUGGACGACGCCAGGCCUACUGGUGGGGAUGCGCUUGCGCAGUUCAACUUCUGCGGCUGCGGCUGGCCGCACCACAUGCUCAUUCCCAGAGGCAACGAGAGGUUCGAGUGCCAGCUGUUCGUCAUGAUCUCGGACUACGCGGGAGACAGGAUUGACCAGAACAUCGAAGGACGAUGCAACGACGCAGGUAGUUACUGCGGCAUCAAGGAUAAGCUGUAUCCCGACCGCCGUUCCAUGGGUUACCCCUUCGACAGGCAACCCAGAACCGGAGUGGACACUCUCCAGCAAUUCCUGACUCCCAACAUGAGAGUGCGAGAUGUCAGCAUCAACUUCACCAACAGAACGAUCGGCCCUGCCCAAAGAAACUGA